AUCGAGCUUUUGUUUGGCAGCAGCAAAAUGAAAAUAAGUGACAGUGACCGAAUUUUUUUUUUUUUUUUGUUUUUUUGUUUGGGGGGAUAGAUAAAUAGUUCUAACUUUCCGUGGGGCUACAAGAAGUCAAAGGACCUCGUAAAAAUUUUUACAAGGAAGGGGGUCUAACUGCAGUUUACCAUUUCUUGAAGCUAAAAGGGAUCAAUCAUAAAUCUAGGGUUUCUAAGCUCGGAGACGCGGUGAAUCGAAGUGAAGUAAUUGCGCAAAGAGCCAAGCUUUUAUUUACGGUUAAGGAUGAGCGAGGAAAUUGUAACCCAUAAGGGUAGAUGUCACUGUGGGCUAGUUCGGUGGCAAGCCGAGGCGUCAUCAAGUGUAGUUGCAUGGAGCUGCAACUGUUCCGACUGUUCCAUGAGAGGCAACAUCCACUUCAUAGUCCCAUCCGGCAAAUUUAAGCUUUUGGGAAACUCUGAGCAAUUUAUCACCACGUACACAUUUGGGACUCACACCGCAAAGCAUACUUUCUGCAAGGUAUGUGGCAUAACUUCUUUCUACAUACCGAGGUCAAAUCCCGAUGGAGUUGCUGUUACAGUUAGGUGUGUGGAGCCUGGUACGCUUAAACACGUUGAAAUUAGAUACUUUGAUGGUAAAAACUGGGAGAGUGUUUAUGAAAAAAGUUCCAUAUCAUCAUUUUCUAAAUCAGACAGUGGGAGCCUGCAACAAGGAUCGUAACUGAAUAGGAAUUUUCCCAAGUAUUGAUAAUGUUAUAUCUUCUGGUGUUGAUUUGUUGAUCAUGGAUCGCUUUCAUAAUGUCUAGUGUUUUGGAAAUUAUCAAGGAUAUUUUGACUGAAAGUCCAUCUGAACAUCUUUCAAGAAUUUGUGUUAGUCAUUUGGAUCCCUGGGCAAGUUCUGUUGGCCAUUGAUGCUUGGAACUAUCUCUUGUGUGUAAUUGUUAUGUUCAGGCAUAAGUCAGGUUUACCCAGAACUUCUCACAGGUCCUGGGACAGACAGGCCGGUUCAUUUU